UCCGCUGGAGAACAGUUUUGGCCCCAUCGCAAACGCACGGAGUCGACACUCUGCUCUUCAAUACCUCAGUUCCUCUUAUCACGGAGACGCGCGUAGUCGGACUCUCAUAAUCAUAUUGCGCGAUACUGGAGCGUCCAGACGCCGAUGCCAAGCAGCGAUAUCUCAAAGGAUUCGAACAAUGGACAUACUUCCCAUAUUAAUAUGAGAGCAUCUGCAAACAAUCAGUUCGGAUGUGCAUGGUGUCUCAAUCGGAAUACUGGGAUUUGUUAAAUGGAAACGUAAAUAGGGAUUUCGAAAUAUACGGAUUUUCAAAGCAAAAUAUUGGCGAGUGCCUGCUUGUGUGUUUGAGUGCGUGUGUGUAGUGCGGCCGGCGGAAGGAUAAUGGAGUCUACGCCGAUGAUGAGAUCACUCAGUUCAGACAGUGAAAAGCGUCGCGAUUGGAAACAGCGACUGAGCCUGAGAGAUAAUAGAAGACGUGAUCCUGAAAAUGUAACAAUGCGCAGGGGAGGAGUUCGCCGUUGGACCAGUUUGAGACAGCAUUCUGCGCCAAGUUCUGAAAGAUUGACGGGUGGAGGAAUUUCGACUACUUCUUCAACAACAACAGCAAGUCCCUUGCCACCGGAACCAACGCGAAAGAGUAAUUGGCAAGUCAUAGAACACUACAGUUCCAAAGACAAAGGCAGCCUAUCGUCCAGUUUACUUGCGGUAACCGGACACUGUUCUAGUCCAGAAGCGGAGAAAACGGAAGCGGAAGCUGAACCGCUCGUUUCAAGUGUACCAAAAAAAUACAAGAUUGGUCGAAGAUUCAUGAGGAUCAUGGGCAACAUCUGUAGCACUCACCAAUUUAGGAAUGAACAGGUGGAAAUGCUCUACCAGCGAUAUUUCCUGAAAAUGAACCAAAGCAACAUGACAAACCUGAUAAUGUUGUUGCUGCUCCUUUGUGUCAGUCUAUUGCUGCUUGCGGGGAGCGAUCUAAUUUUCCUUCAUCCCUUCGAUGUUAAGGACCAAAUGGAAAAAUUGAUUGUCUUGAUGGCCACGUCGGCCUGUUGCAUAGCAAUUUACGGCGUUUUAUUGGCAGUCCUUUCGAAGCCAGCCAUGAACGAGGUCUACUUGAUAAUAAUUUCGUACUUUGUUCUUCUGACUUUCCUGACAUUAGAGGUGUGCAUAAGCGUGUUUAGCGGCGUGCAAAGACCGUUGAUUGGUACAGUGUCCGCCCUCACGUGUACCUAUUUGACAUACGCCCUUCUGCCUAUCUGCCUGAAGGAUGCUCUAAUUGCCGGUACGAUUCUAGCCUUUGCUCAUCUGAUGGGUCUCGCCUACAUCGGAGGUGUUCCCGAGCAGGUGGGGAACUGCUUCCUGGUACUGAUGUGCGGGAAUAUAGCCGGAGCUUGCACCCAUUACCCGAGAGAAAUCGCCCAAAGGAAGGCCUUCCUAGAGACCAGGCAGUGUAUAGAGGCCCGUCUUAAAAUCCAACGGGAAAACCAGCAGCAGGAACGCUUACUGCUGUCCGUUCUGCCUAGGCAUGUGGCCAUGGAAAUGAAAGCCGAUAUUGCAGGACAACAGAAGGAAGCGCAGUUUCAUAAAAUCUACAUACAACGCCACGAGAACGUAAGCAUCUUGUUUGCUGACAUCUGUGGGUUUACGACUCUUUCGGAUCAAUGCACAGCGGAAGAGCUGGUGCGCAUCCUGAAUGAAUUGUUCGCCAGAUUCGAUCGGUUGGCCACAGAGCACCACUGUCUGAGGAUCAAAUUGCUCGGGGAUUGCUACUACUGUGUUUCCGGGUUACCAGAGCCAAGACCGGAUCAUGCACAUUGCACAGUUGAAAUGGGAUUAGAUAUGAUCGAUGCUAUAGCUUUGGUUCGUGAGGUGAUGGCCGUGAAUGUGAAUAUGCGUGUAGGAAUCCAUACAGGCCGGGUGCAUUGUGGAGUUCUAGGGCUUCGAAAGUGGCAAUUCGACGUUUGGUCUAACGACGUGACACUCGCCAAUUACAUGGAAAGCGGCGGCAUCCCAGGGAGGGUCCACAUAACAAAGGAAACCCUUCGCUGUCUGAAUAAGGAUUACGAAGUCGAGCCGGGUCAGGGAGGCGAACGCAAUUCAUAUCUCAAAGAUCACAACAUCGAAACUUAUCUUAUCGUCGCGUCUUCUUAUAGAGGUAGUAAACAUUCUCCGCAAAAUUUUUCACUUAACGGCAACGUUUCUAAGGAGAUGAGGAUGAUGGGUCAUGGAGCAGCAUCGAAGAAGACAAACGCGAAGCUGGGAUUCAGUGAGACCGUGGACGAGAAGGACCCCGAGGACGAAGUGAAUGAAUAUCUUAUGAGGGCUAUUGAUGCGAGGAGCAUCGACAGGCUGAGGGUGGAGCAUUGCCGCAUCUUGCUGUUGAACUUUAGGGAUCCGCAGAAGGAGGCUAAGUACACGCGAGAAAGGGACCGGAUGCUCAAUUUGUACUUCUUUUGCUCCAUAAUGUGUUUCGCUGCCGUAUUAUCCGUACAAAUGCUAGCUUUAAAGACGACGUUGCAUCUUCUCUUCGUCGUCCUGCCAUUAGGAAUCCUCACCGUCUUCAUCCCCAUCAUUGUACAUAUAGAUAAAGUAGAUAAAUGUUACAGCGGCCUACUGAGACUCUCGCACCACAUCCAUAACAAUCGAAACGUUGCUCAAGUAUUUUCUCUUAUAAUGGCCUCCUCCAUAUACACCAUGGCUCUCUUCCAGACCAUUUAUGUCCCAGAGGAAAUCCGAUGCUUGAACGUAACACUCCACAGAACAAUCUCGGACAAUCUGACGAACAAAACCGCGGAUCCAUCUCAAACUGUUGCUCAGAAUAAGGAUUGUCUUCCGUAUUUCUUGGUCGACAUGAUUCUUUUACUGGUUCUUUUAUCGAUGAUCGGAUGCGCCGUCUACCAAGUUCUUAUUUCACUUGUCAAGACUGUUAUCUUACUGGCAGCUUUUACUGGUUAUCUUCUAAUCUACAUCAAUUACAACCAUGACGCGGUGACAUCAAUGAGAUUUUUGACAACCUAUGAGGUGACAUUGAGUAUGCAGUAUAUCAGUAUUGUAAUUACAGUCGGGUUCUUAAUAGCGCUUGUAUUGCAUGGACAGCAAACAGAAGCAACUUACCGAUUAGAUUUCGUUUGGAAAUUACAGGCAACAGAGGAAAAAGAAGAUAUGGAACAUCUCGAAGCUUACAACCGCAAAUUAUUGGCGAAUAUACUUCCUGUUCAUGUUGCGGAACAUUUCUUGAGCAGUGAUAAAAACAAUGACGAGCUCUACCAUGAGCAAUGCGAUUUUGUAUGCGUGAUGUUCGCUUCAAUUCCAAACUUUUCCGAGUUCUACGUCGAGUUGGAAGGGAACAACGAGGGCGUGGAAUGUCUGAGAUUAUUAAAUGAAAUAAUCGCGGAUUUCGACGAGAUGCUUUCCGAAGAUCAAUUCAAGUACAUUGAGAAAAUUAAGUCUACUGGAGCCACUUACAUGGCUGCUUCUGGCUUGACGCAAAGCACAUGCGAUAUGAAGGAUUUCAAACACGUAACUGCGAUGGCCGAUUAUGCAUUGAGGAUUAGAGAGCAGUUAGCUGUCGUGAAUGAGCAUUCCUUCAACAACUUCCGAAUCCGGGUUGGGAUUAAUGUUGGUCCCGUUGUUGCGGGAGUUAUAGGAGCGAGGAAACCCCAAUACGAUAUUUGGGGCAAUGCAGUUAACGUAGCCAGUCGCAUGGACAGCACAGGAAUCGUCGAUAAGAUUCAAGUAACAAAAGAGGUUUAUCAAAUCCUCCACGCAAAGGGAUAUCCGCUCACGUGCCGCGGUACCAUCGAGGUCAAAGGUAAGGGCAAUAUGGAGACCUACUUUCUGGAUGGCAAGUGCAGGACAUCGGCAAACGUCACCCUCAAUCCGCUCUGCAACAUUGAUGAAUGUGAUAGCUUCCCGAAGACCAACAUCUAAGUCAAUUAAAGCGCAGCUGCACAUCCCAAUUCCACCACCUCUGUUGAUGUAAGGAAGAGAAUUCAAUUGCUACCGCUUUCGAACGGAUCGCGACUACAACUUCAGCAGGAAAGAAAAGACAGUGUAAAUAAAACUAAACCUAAUUGAAAGAAAAGGAUAUAUGAUAAA